GAUUUAGCGACCCGGAUAUAAACAACCGUCUAUAAUUUCACUUGUCCGAUGAUUUUAAUGUAAACACAACUAAAGGUUACAAGCGUGGUAUAGGAAGGUCAUCCUAAUUUCUUUCUCUCGACGUAUUUCAGAUUUUGCACUGAAGAAGCUAGUUGAUAGUUCUAUGCGCGUCGAUGUAAGUCGAGUUUCCCAAGAAGCUCCAUUAUAUUCUAUCAGCCUUCGCCUUUUGACUCAUCAACGCACAGAGCCUCAACAUGAAGAUUCUGCUAAUAAGAGGUUUGUGUAUUCUGGCGAUGGCAUCGCUUCUUCUCCAAGGAACAGAUGCCUUUUGGAGGAGAAGGCGAAGAAGAAGGAGCUCACCACCUCCGAAACCUAUAGAUACAACUCCGCCGGUGUUUGACGUGAAGUGCAACAUAUCCCUUGGAAUCAUUCAUACGGCUACCAUUCCCUUUGAGGUCACGUGGUCCGAGCCUACCGCUACAGAUGUUGAUAAACCCGCCUCGGUCAAACGGCAUGGGAAUCCACCUGGUGCUUUGUUUUCAGAAGGUGACCAUACGAUUACAUACCAGGCCCGGGAUAAUGUGCCAAACUACAGCCAGUGUUACGUCAUGUUCCAAAUUAUUUUGAUCAAAUGUAGCUCCAUCAGCCAUUUGGACCGCGGGUAUGUUUCGUGUACAAAAGGAAACCUUGUUGGAUCCUCCUGUCACUAUUCGUGUUUUCAGGGAUACACGCUCAGCGGUGGAACAGCCGAUAGAGUGUGUACUGAAAACAGACAAUCCCCAACCCUGCUCACAGCUGACUGGAGCGGGUCGCAGCCGAGAUGUGUCGAACUGACAUGCUUCCCUGACCUCGUAUCCUCUCCUCCUGAGAAAGGGGCCGUCUCCUGUACCCAAAGUAAUCUUUUCCAGAGUGUCUGUUCCUACUCCUGUGAUAAGGGUUAUGAUAUACCCCCUGGUCAGUCUAGGAGCAGGGUCUGCACCUCAUCAGGAUGGACUGGGUCCAAACCAGAGUGCCAAGAUACGGCAGGGCCUAGCUUUGAAGACUGCCCUCUAUCUCAGAUCCUUUACGCAGCGGAUAGACAGGAGAGCGGGAUAGGAUCAUGGACUCCACCAACACCCAUCGACAACUCUGGUGCCACCAUCACGGAUGUCACUCAUGAUGGUCCUGCCCCUGGGGCACAGCUUCCUCAGGGGCAUUAUGUAAUCACCUACGUAGCGCGAGAUGGACAAGGGAACGAGGGCACCUGUGUGUUUACAGUCACUGUCCAAGUCAUACGUUGCUCCACCAUGCCAAUCACCCCUGGACUCAUUGUCAAUUGCGAGCAUGGCAACCUUAGAGGUUCGACCUGUGAAUUCACCUGUAGUCACGGUUACAGUCUCCAGGGACCUAGAUCAUCAACAUGUCAAAAAGAUGGUUUCGCAGGAGUAUGGACGUCCCAACCACCAGCUUGUGAAGAACUUCAAUGCUCUGCACUAGAGCCCCCAGAGAACGGUGUGUUCCUGAACGGUCGACAUUGCCAGACAUCAUAUGGCUCGUCAUGCUACUUCGAUUGCCUGCCUGGUUUUAGUAUUACUAACAAUGUGCUCCGGUGUUCCGCACAGACAGGAAGUGAUGAGGCAUUCUGGGAAGGGAACUCUCCAAGGUGUGAAGUGGAAACUUGUGAGAGACCAGACCUUGACGGACCGCUGGAAGUGCCUGAUGAUUUCUCAGUAUGUGGGACAGAGGUUCAAAUCCCUGCUGGAAUUGAAUGUGAAUUUGAGUGUAGCCAGGGGUACUUCAUACAAGGAGCAUCUCUGGCAACCUGCGGCCUUACCGGGUCAUGGGAACACCCUCUCCCAACCUGCAAAGUUGUUACCUGCCUAGCCAGUAAUCUGCCAGCUCCACUCCAUGGGGGUAAAAGUGGUUGCCCCCAUGACAGAGAGCUCUUCGGCAGCGUAUGCUCCCUCUUCUGUGACGUUGGGCAUGAGGCGAGUGAGGCCACGCCUGUGAGAAGGGUGUGUCAGGAUGACGGGCAGGGAGGUGGAGUUUGGAGUGGAGGCCCUAUAUCCUGCUCAGUUGUCCAGUGCCUGCCUUUGGACAUCCCAUCUCAUGGCUACGUGGAUGGCUGCCAGCUAGCUGACCAAGCUAGGGACCCCACCAUGAGACAAGCCUAUGGGACUACUUGUAUCACCCUCUGUAGUCAGGGCUACACUCCCAUCGGUACUACUACAAGGCGCUGCCUGGCUGACGGCCGAUGGGAUGGUCUGGCACAGACUUGUGUUGAUUUGACAGCUCCGAAUGUACUUUGUCCUCCUGAUACUGUGCUCUAUGCAGACCCUGGCCGAUCAGUGGGUACAGUCAACUGGGAUCAGCUUGAACCAAUACAGGCAUCAGACGCAGGCUUGAUGAUAGCUGCUCAGUUGGAGAGCAUCGAUUCGAACCCUAUUGGAUCCAAACCAACCACCCUCACAGAAGGAGAUCACUCUCUGGUCUAUAGAGCAACAGAUGCUGCAGGCAACACUGAUACAUGCUCUUUUGACCUCCAGGUCAAAGUGGUAAGAUGCCCGCCUAUUUAUGCUCCAUCGAAAGGUCAUGUUACUCUACUCCUGGGUCAGGGGUCAUGUGAGGGUGGAGCUGUGUUGGGGUCAACAUGCCAAGUGACCUGUAACCUUGGUUAUGACCUCCCAGACAAAAUGGAGCAUGUGGAGCUGAUAUGUGGGCAGAGUGGAGGAGGAAGUAAUACUAUUGGAGCAUGGAAUGAGAAUGUGCCGAUUUGUCAAGUGGCAAGAUGUGAAAUCCAACCCUCUGCCAACAGCUCUGUACGAGGCUGCCCUUUUGAAGAUGCAUCAUACGGAGAUCAGUGUGAGUUUGCUUGCGAUGAUGGAUACUUGACAGAACAGGGGCAUAAGAGAGCGACUCGUACCUGCACUGCAGAUGGAAUAUUCUCAGGAGAGGAUCUUGUUUGUAAUGCUUCUGUGAGCUGUCUGUCCGGUUUCAGACUGGACCAUGGUACUGUAUCACCAGCAGAGUGUACCAAUUCGGACUCCAGGAUUCCUUAUGACACCCCCUGCAAUUUUCUAUGCAACAAUGGUUUCCUGCAGCAUGGUUCUUUUGCCAAAACCUGUACAGCAGAUGGCACCUGGAGUGACAACAGGAUUGUCUACUGUGAAGAUCAUCAGGAGCCCACGUUUGAUGAACCCUGCCCGAGGUAUAUCAAUGUCAACGCUGACAGAGGAGCACUCAAUACCACCGUGGAUUUUGUGAUUCCUAGCGCUUCAGAUAACUCAGGGAAUGUCACGGUAAAAAGAAUCGCUGGUCUGCCUGAACCCAAUGCAACCUUUUUGGAAGGCACUACAACGACUUCCUACAUUGCUUCUGACCCUAGUGGCAAUGCAGGCCGCUGUCAGAUAGAUAUUCAUGUUAAUGUUUUCCGGUGUCGAAGACCUCAAGCACCAUCCAGGGGCUCCCUUGUCAACUGCACAGACCCUAUAUAUGGCUCAGAGUGUUCUUACACAUGUAACCAGGGCUAUGAGCUUGUUGGUCCAUCCAUACGCACCUGUGAAUUGACUCAAGGCCAAGCUCCUGCAUCAUGGGAUGGAGAACAACCCUCAUGCAGACCCCGUACCUGCCCAUCCCUUGCGACCCCACCUUUAGCAGUCAGGUCAGGGUGCCACCAGGAGCCACCUGCAGAAGAGACCUUCGGAACCCUCUGUACCUUCUACUGUCCCUAUGGCUUCAGAGGGGUUGGUGAUCAUCAGAAGCGUUGCCAAGCUGACGGGACCUGGAGUGGCUCUGACUUCACUUGUCAAGCCGUUGCCUGUGCUCCACUGGGAGUGGUGAAUGGAGCCACCAUCACACCUGCUGACUGCCAGACAGACCCCACGUUUGGAGAGACAUGUCUGCUUCGAUGUAACACACCUGGGUUCCAGAUCCAGCCAAGGAUUCUGAGCGAUACGGUUUGCCUAGGAACUGGGUUCUGGUCCAGGAACAUCACCCAAGCAUCAUGUGUUGAUAUUGAAGAGCCUGUGUUCACAGCCUGCCCGAAUGACUUCAUUGUCUAUACCCCUGAAGGAGAACUGCUUGCGGAUAUCACCUGGGAUGUACAGGCCACUGAUAACGAUCCCACCGCUGCCACCAGUAUUGUGUGUGACCUGGAGCAAGGAUUGAUGCCUGAAGGGGACUAUGCUGUAGAAUGUACUGCAUCGGAUCCCAAAGGCAAUACACAGACCUGCUUCUUUGAGAUCAAUGUGAGAGGUUAG